AUGAUAUAUGGCACUUCUGUCACAGCUUCCAAGUCACUGAUUUUCAGAACGCUAGUGUUGCAGAAGUCAUUGUAUUCUGGAGCAAAAUUCUCCUCCAAGUGUUUUCAAAGGAUGAUAAGAAUGGAAAAUAAUUUUAAUUUUAAUAGCAGCACAGAGGGAAACAAAAAGGAGUCUAGGGGUGCCUUGGUGGUCCUAGAAGGCUUAGAUCGUUCUGGGAAAUCUUCUCAGUGUAGCAGGCUAGUGUCCUUCCUGGAGGGACGAGGGAUCUCUGCUGAAUUAUGGAGAUUUCCUGACAGAACUACAAAUGUUGGGCAAAUGAUAUCUGCUUACCUUACUAACACAUCUCAGUUGGAUGAUCAUACUAUACAUCUCCUCUUCAGUGCUAAUCGUUGGGAAAAGAGGUCAAUGAUGGAAACAAAACUGAAAUCUGGAACAACUCUCAUUGUUGACCGUUAUUCUUAUUCUGGGGUGGCAUUCUCAUCUGCCAAGGGACUUGAUAUUGAAUGGUGUAAGGCCCCAGAGAUUGGUUUGCUGGCACCAGACGUGGUAGUAUACCUUGACAUAUCUCCUGAGAAAGCUGCGGAAAGAGGUGGGUAUGGAGGUGAGAGAUAUGAGAAGCUGGAAUUUCAGAAGAAAGUUGCUGAUUAUUACAAAGUUCUUCAUGAUGUCUCCUGGAAGGUUGUUGAUGCUUGCCUACCCAUGGAAGAUGUGGAGAAACAGUUGCAAGAAAUUGUACUUGAUUGUGUAACAGAAAGUGGAAAGGGGAAGCUCCUUUCCACCUUGUGGUCGAGGUAG